AUGAUCCAAACUACUUGGGUCGUUGCUCUUGUUUCUUUGUGCUUUGGUCUUGUCCGUGCCGCACCCGUAGCCCUGAUGCCUCGCGCAUUCGAGCUUCUUGACUAUGCUGACUUCCAAAUCUCCGACGGUGUUGCUGGCAAUGCUUCUGCUGAAGCCAAUGCCGUCUUUAUCCCUUCGCAAACUGCCAAAGAAGACUUAUUACCCAAACAGGAUAAUAUGCAGACAAUGAGGGAAGCCGCCGAAUCUGCCGAAACCGAAGGCUUCGAUCCUGCCAUUGCUGCGGCCAGUGGAGCUACAGCUGAUGCUCUACAAGUCGGAAAGAUCAAGAACAAGGUCCUGAAGCUGACCGGAGAAGUUCAGGUUCUCAACAUCAAAAUCGCUCAAGCUCAAGCUGCUGGUGAUGAUACUUCGGACUUGGAAGAUUCGUUAGCUGAAGAACAGACGAAACUUAAUACCAACAUUGCCACAGAUGAAAAGAGUGCCGGCCAGACUUCACAAUCGUUUACCUGA